UAUCAAUUUUGGAUAAUGAUCAAAAAAGUAUAUACAGUACCAACACCAAGAGAAUAGAAACCAAAAAUACAAUAGAAGAGUUAAUAAGAUGUGAUGUGAGUUAUUAUUCAUUAUGAGUAGAAAAUAAACAUAAUUUGCCUAUAUUCCUGAUUAAUCCACUUAAAAAGAAUAAUAAUCUAAGAUGGCUCGCUCAUAUUUAAUGUUUAAGCCUAAGUUAGUCGAAGAAAUAGAUGAAAACAACAUGAAAAAGAUGAAACUCUCAUUUCACAAUUCAAUCACUGACUUAUAAACAUUUGAGGAAUUGGCAUAAGAAUAACAACAGAGGGAAUCUACACCUAAUUUAAAUUAAGCUCCUUAAGAAAAGACUAAGACAUUUGUCAGGUAACUAAUAUUCUCUACCAUUUUAGAAAGUCUAUGAGACACUUAACUUAGCUAUGAA